AUACAAUACAAUUUUAUUUAAACAUGGUAAAAAUCUUCAGUUUACAAAUGGUAAGUAUGAUAAAUUAAAUAAAUAUAAAAAUACCAUGAACUGGUUUACAAGAUUGCCGUGUGGAGGUCAGGUAAAUUACUAGUUACUAUUAAUAAUAUUCCGCUAUUGCUUUCCUAAAUUGGGCAAAUAAUUGUAGUUUUCUUAUAUCUUGGGGAAGACUAUUCCAAAGAACUGCCCCACUAUAGCGAAAGCUUCGUUUUAGGUAAUUCGUUCGUGGCUUUGGCAAAUUUAACCGUAUUUCGGAAUUUCUUAUAUUGUACCCAGUGCCACGAAAAGAAAACAUAUCUUGGAGGUAAGAAGGCACAUUUCCUUUUAGCGUCUUAAAUAUUAGACCAGCUUUGAGCUUGAUGCUUGUGAUGUUACUCUGAGUGGGGACGGCUAAAGGGAGAGUUAUCUCGGAGAGUUAUGAUUUCGGAUAGUUAUGUUCGAAUCACGCCCAAACCACGCCCCAAUGAUAAUUUCAUCAUCUAUAGCUCUUAUCUUUUGCCUAGAUCCAAUCGUCAUAAACUCUGUUUUUGCAACAUUUAGGCUUAGCCUAUUUGUCGAACAUUAACCAAUUAUGAAAGCUUUUCAAUUCAGAGUUAAGACAUUCUGGAGCUCAUCCACUGAGUCGGCCGCAUAGGUAACACUUGUAUCGUCUGCAAACAUUCUCGGCAUUGCAUAAUUGAGGCAAUUCGGGAGGUCAUUGAUGUAUAUGAGGAACAAUAUCGGGCGCUUCUAAAGGCCUGAUUCCACGGGCGCUUUUUCUCGGCGAAAUGCAAAAUAUUUCGCCUGUUUCUUUUGAAUUGCGACCACUCGAAUAAAUUAUUUCUACUUGAUUGCCCACAAUUCAAAAGAAACAGGCGAAAUAUUUCGCAUUUCGCCGAGAAAAAGCGCCCGUGGAAUCAGGCCUUAAAGCGCACGGAGCGGAUUUUUCUUUGUCUUAAGUAUUUCUCGGGUGGAACUAAUUAGAAAAGACAAAGAAAAACUCCGCUCCGCGCGCAAAAUUCCGCCUAAUGGAAAACCGGCUUUAAUAUUUGGAAAAUUUGCACUAGGAUCAAAGUUAUCGGUCAGUGAAUAUCGAAAAAUCGCGUCGCGUUGUCGAUUCGCGUCCGGUGUGUCUGGACCUUUAAGCUACUUUUAUAGUCCCGAAUUAAGGUGAAACUGGACUGAAAACUGCUCUGUUUAUAUAUUAAUAUGCAAACGAAAAAAGAACUCGUCUAAUAACGCACCCAUAUAUAUUUCCACCGAAAAAGCCGCACAAUGGCGGCACAACGCGGUUAUUAUUAUCUUUUUCACUGGGAAAGGGUUAUUUAUUUACGUUUUUCUUCGUGAGCGGUCCAUAGAGGAUAUUACACGGCGGCGCGAAGAUAUGACUUUUAUCCUCGAGUGGUGAAAACAAUAUUUUACGAACGAGCGCAGCGAGUGAGUAAAAUAUUGUUUUUUAACACGAGAAGAUAAGUCAUAUCUUCAAGCCACCGGGUAAUGUUCUGUUUAUUCUAUAAUCCCAAGCAAAAAAUUGUAUAAAUACUAAAAGUCACGUGAUCGACAUCUUCACUUGUGAAGAUAUGGAAAAUAUCUCACUGUGUAUUUUUCAGUACCUCACUCUGUACUAUAUAAUAAUUCUUAAUAAAUAAAGCAUAUAUGGAAAAAGACAACAUUUUUCGAAAUCAUAACUCAUUUGACUGCAUGCAUGGAUAUUGAAUGGGAAUCUGAAAAUCUUCAGAUUGAAUUACAUUUCCGGCCGGAAAAUUUUUUUUCCUUUUCACAAGACCUUGAGAAAGAUCAUAUAGACAAGACAAGUACCGAAAACAAAAGUUGCAGCUGUCCUCAAUACAGAUAGGAGCUCGGUAUAGGCGCAAAACAUUGAGUUGCGCAGUAAAAUCCGAUCAACAUAUUUGUCGAUAUUCAGGAAAAUAUUUAUGUAUGUUUUCUAAUAUUUUCCGUUAAAUAUUUACGGAUCAGUGAGUGCUCGUAUUUUGAACGUCGAAAACGAGAACAUUGUUUGAAUAUGGUUAUCGACGUCGAAAAUGUGGAAAAUUCCUUCAUUUGGGAAACAUUUAAGGAUGGAAUGCCAUACUUGGGACCAUAUAAAACUGAGAUGCCAGGUAUUAGCGGUUUUGAAAUUUUAGAACGUUGCCCGGGUGAAUUUUCAUCACUGACAAAGCGAAUGCGAUACAAAUUUUCCACACUGGACUGUAGUCGUGUGGGAAUGGACCAUUUGCAUUAUAGACUAAAUUUUGAUCUAGACAAAAAUUUCAUCACAGCUUGAAAGAGCAUCACAAAAUUAGUAAUAUUCCAACAUAUCGCAACGAGCGAAAUGUUGUAAAAUGCGGAUAAUAUAGCCUUGCGAAAUUUGCAAUUUUCAACCAUUUUGUAUUACAAACGGGACUCUGAUGCCCCAACACCCGAUUGGGCUGUCAAUUUCCCGUGCGUAACACAAAAUGACUGAAAAACGGCAAACUUCGCAAGGCUAUAUUAUCCGCAUUUUACAACAUUUCGCAACGAAACUUUGGAAUAUUACUAAUUUUGUGAUACUCUUUCAAGCUGUGAUGAAACUUUUGUCUUAACUUGUUUAGAUCAAAAUUUAGUCUAUAAUGCAAAUGGUCCAUUGACAAAUACCGUCCUAAUCUAAUUGUCGCGGGUCGCGGGUUUUAUUCGCGGGUCGCGGGUUUUAUUCGCGGGUUAUUUUCGCGGGUCGCGGAAACGAAAGUUGCGGGUUAUUAACGAAAGUCGCGGGUUUUUUCGCGGGUAUUUUGUCGCGGCUUUUUUACGCGGGUCUUUUCAGUGUUUUUUUUUCUAAUUUCCCCGUCAGCGUUCUUUUUGUAAUGGCACGAAACAUCGGCUGUUAUCUUCAAAAUAAGACCCCAUUAAACUUUAUUUUUUAGUGUAUACAGUGGCUUUACAAAACCGAUUUUGACAUAAAAAUCACAAAAUAAAAAACUUUUUAAAAGUCUUAUAUGCGGUUUUUUGUACGCUUUCCGCUGAUGCAAGUCAUUUUUAUUGUAAUUGAAUACAGAAUUUCCCAUUUUUUUGCUGUAAUACAAUUUAAUAGAGGAUAAUCAUUGAUCACCCAUUUUCUCGGGAUUGGGCAACUUUUUUGCUUGGGAACUUUUUUUGGUAGUGAUGUACCUAUAUGCCUUUUAAAUAAACCCCAAACCCGAAGUAUUUCCCACAUGGGUGCCACGAAGCGAAAUAAUUUUGGCCAACAGCCCACGGCCUACUAGUCUAAAGUUAUAUAGUCUAGGCAGCCGUAUAUCCCUCAACAGUUAAUUCUUCCAUGAAUUCUGUUUUGGGUUACUUAACAGUUCUUUACCUCAGGCAAAAUUUCCUCGCCGCCAGGAACCCAAAAAUGUGAGUUGCCCGACUGUAACCUAUUAUGUUUUAUAAGUACUAUUUACAACAUGAGCGGCCGUGUUGUAUCGGAUAUAACUAAGAAAAGCCGAGAAAAUCAAAGUUAAAGUUUAUGUAAAUCAGCAUGAAUCUGUAUCACAUAUACAGAUACGACACGCCUAUGAUUUUUCUUUGUGUUUUCUUCAUGAAUUAUUAAUGAGUUUUUUAACAUACAUACAGUACUGUUGGUGGCAUUUCAAUUGUUUAGCUUACCAAGUGACUUGGCUAGCUGGGUAGCUCACUUACAAAACAGGCUUUAAAUAUGAAGAUAAUUUCCAUAGGUCGCAUUAAGAUGCAAACGCAGAAAUUAGACUUGGAAAAUUGGGUGAAGAUUGAUCGCACAUAUGCUUCUCAACAACGCGAGAAAGAGAGAUUGUUGGAAACCAAGAAGGACUUGGUGUUUGUCACAAACGAUGAUCCUUCCACUGUCCUUGCAAAACAUGAAUUCCUGGAGCUCCUAUGUGAUUAUCUACCAAGUAAUGCUUGACAUGUUCUUUUGAUUCAUUCAUUGUUUGUUUGUCUAUUUAAUUAAUGUCUAUUGGUAAAUAUUGUAAAAUAUUUUAUAAAUAACCUUACCUUACAAUUACCAAACUACUGUAUACUCUAAAGUCUAAACUAUACAACACUCUACCAUCUUAUACCUACGAUAUAUCUCUCGGCCCCUAUUGCAGUCUAUACUAAUAAUUAUUUUACUCUGUCUAAUGCCAGAUGAUUUUACUCGUCAAUGACGUCAAGGGGAGAGUGCUAAGCGGCCUAAGGUCAACUGCACGUGUUCUAUGCUGCCACCUUACUUCUAUCUCAAAAAAUAUUGUGUUACUGUACCUUGAAAAACAUCUUAAAUAGUUCAUGUUUGGAAAAGAUAGGUGCUUUUUAGCAAGGCGAGGGGUUCUGCAUGCAUGUAUUUCUAUAGUAUGUUCUGUACCUCACUAUCCGCAUACAGUAUUAACAUACCAAAUUGGCUUUACAAUUAGAGAAGCUUCACCCACCCAAUACUCCAAAUUAUGAAACUUAAGUUGGAAUGUUAGGGCAGUAACAAACACAAUGUAAGCGGAGGAGGUUGGGUUGCGACCCUUGCCCUUGGAAGGAAUUGAAUUGAACUUGGCAACGUGAAAAUUUAAAUUAGGAAGGAUAAUAAAUGUUCCACGGUCAACCUGUAUCGCUGUAUUUUUUACCUUACCUGAGCUGAUUUUUCUUUACGCUAUUAUUAAACUAGAGAGAUAUCCAGACAAGUUUGAAGCACGUGAAAAAGGCGUGUACAACAAAAUGCUGGAUGAAUUUGUUUCAUCACAUCCUGAUGAGUCUGAUGAUCCACUCUUAAAAGCGUCGCGUCUUACCCAGGAGGAUUGGUGCAUAAUGGAAUGGAAGGAAGAACAUCAAGCAUACUGUCUGACUGCAGGUUUGAUUUUUACAGUUUUAAUACUACGUAGACACUUCCAAAAUUUGCUUGAGUAACCACUAUUCUACUAUUGGAGUAGACACGACCUGUAGGCCUCAUGUAUCGUCAUAUGAAGACAGAUAUCGUCAAUUGCGGAGUCAAUCGAAUACAGUAGUCGAGUAGGGACAACUAUACAGUAAUUCUAUAAGGGGCCAUUCACAAAGGAUGUUCGGCCAAAUGAUAGAUUUUCAGACCCCCCCCUCCCCCCCCUUGUCCAGCAUUGUCCGAAUUAGUGAACCCCCCUCCCCCCGGACAUCCGCCAUGCCUCACAAAAACUCACGCAACCUUGUAUAUGUCAAGAGUAAAAAAUGUUUUUACUUUUAGAACUUUUUUAUAACUAUAAAUGUGAAUACAAAAACAUAUAAAUUACUAAUUAAAACAAAAUCUAGUAUUAACCGCACAGUCAAAAUCGGCCAAUUUCACAAUGGGAGGGAGAGGUCAAUUCAAAAUAGAGGAAAAAGAAAUUUGUUUUUGAUUUUCUUUAAAUUUCGGACAUCCGGAUUGCUAAAAACCCCCUCCCCCCUAUGUCCGAGUUUGUCCUGAUUUUCCAAACCUCCCUCCCCCCCCCCCCGUCGGCUCGGACAUCCUUUGUGAAUGGCCCCUAAGCAAUGUGUCUUUGCUCCAUGCAGGUAUUGUUUAUAUUUUAGCCAAAUCAACUUGAAAAUUUUACUCUGAAUAAUCUGCCAUUAUGCAAAGGUUUCACAGGACUUCUGUUUCUGAACAAGAAUACAAUACAUACAGCUGGAGAAUUAAGAAACUCCAACAAGAAGUCUUCCCCAUUUAUGUGUCAAACAAAUUGCCCUGGAUCUUCGUCUUUCAUGAUCGAUUUUAAUUGAAGAUUUUUUGGUCUUCUAUAAGAUAAAUUUCUCUUCUUUAAUUAAUAGUAGUUCAGGUUUUAAAACUGUAAAUAUAAUUCUUCAGGUGCGGUGUUUUUUCCCAUGACAUGGGCGCUUCAGCAAAAGUUUAAUCUGCCUAUGAUAGGUAUACAUAAGCCCGUUACAGGGUAAGUUAUCAUACUAGAGAAUUUUGGUUUGUGCUGUAUGAAUUAUCUAAUUAGUUCGAUAAAAAGACCCUUACUAUUUUUUAAGUGCUACGUACUAUAUAUAAACCCAAAUAUAAUUUUUGGUGUGUGUAGUAAUUGGAUCAUUCUAAGGGGAAAUGUAAUAAUCCUUGAUUCCUUGAAGUAUGAAACCUCAUCAAGAUAAAAUUUUUCACUGUUGUCCGGAUAUGAUGUCAUUAGGUGCAUUUGUUUGUGGAGCAAAAAGGAUCAAGAUGAGUUUUUUUUAAAUAAUAAUGAUAUAUUAUAUACAUUUCUUAUCCAAGCGACCUAAAUAUUACACAUAAACCAUAUUUUGAGUUAGUAGCACUUCAAAUAAAUAGAGGAUAUUACACGGCGGCGCGAAGAUAUGACUUUUAUCUUCAAGUGGUGAAAACAAUAUCUUCAAGCCACCGUGUAAUGUUCUGUUUAUUAUUUUCAGUAUAUAUAUAUAUAUAUAUAUAUAGUCCCAAGCAAAAAAUUGUAUAAAUACUAAAAGUCACGUGAUCGAUAUCUUCACUAGUGAAGAUAUGUAAAAUAUCUCACUGUGUAUUUUUUCAGUAUCUCAUUCUCUACUAGGCUAGAUAAUAAAUGAUUAUAUAUACUGUAGCGUCAUCACAGAUUAAGGAAUAAUAAUUUUUAUUUUUAAAAUCGCUUUUAAUGGAAAACGUUUUCUUGUGAAAUUUUUCAAGUCACUCGCAUGCAUGUUCAUCGGUUUUUUCAAAUAAUGCUUCAAAUCAUUCUAUAUUACAAUUAGUUAUAUAUUAUACAAACAUUUUAGAUUCAUAAAUCAUCUAGUGCCGAAAGUUUACGACCUCUUGAAAACAAUGUCUUCAGACGCUCCUGUAUACCGUGGCAACUGGAAUAUGUCUCUUGACCUGGAUGGGGUUCUUGACCUCCACAAACCGCCAAGUGGUCAUGUGGAACGUAAUGAGGUAAAUAGCUUUUAA